AUGCCGUCUGCCACCUCAGUCACCCCAGCCUCGUAUGGUACUCGCUCCACCGAUGGCAUGCUGGGCCUGACACCAAGCGAGAUUCGCUUGCUACUUCUCGCUAACGUCUGCGUGAACAAAGACUCUGGGAAGAUCGAUUUCGAGAAGCUGGCACGUCGAUUCAAUGCAGCCAGUGGCUCAAACGUGAUCAGCGCGUCAGCUCACCGCGGGUACAACAAGGCUCUACAAAAGCUAAUCAAGCUCAACCAGGAGCCUGAGGAAGGCGCCGAUACCGAGUUCAACCCAUUUGAAAUCACCAGCUCGCCUCCUGCGCUCUCGACUCCAUCGUCUCCGGGCCCUGUUCGAAUUCGGGGACGAGGCCGAGGCCGUGGCCGUGGCCGUGGUGCUGGUCGCGCUCGUGGCCGUGGUAAGGUCCAGGCUUCUGAGCUGACCAAGACUGCUGAAGUGGAGGGCUCUGAGAGUCCUGGCGUUCCAAAACUUCCUGAUUUUAACAUGGAGGAUGCUUACGAUCGGCUCCGUGUUGCAGAGCUUGAGAGUUUGGAGGGUUGA